GCUUUGUUACGCCCUGGACGAUUUGAUAGACAUAUCCUGAUAGAUUACCCCGACUUAGUUGAACGAAAACAAAUAUUCGAACAGCAUCUGAAAGGCAUUGUUUUGGAGCAUGCACCUGAUACUUAUUCGAAACGAUUAGCGUAUCUAACACCUGGAUUCAGUGGAGCAGAUAUUGCAAAUGUUUGUAAUGAGGCUGCCCUACAUGCGGCACGAUUGAAAAAAGGAAAAGUUUUUCAAGACGAUUUGGAGUAUGCCGUGGAGAGGCUUGUGGGUAAGUAUUUGAUACAAUCCUAA